AUGAGAGCUUCUCGGACAACUCAGAAAGAGAAUCAGACACCCAGAAUAUUGACAGCGGAAACGGGUUAUCGAGUAGAAACGGGAGGUUAUGCAAUGCCAGAGGAUAAGGGUGAAAACCAGAUGAUUCCAAAACACCUAGAUUCUCAGUCGUGGCCAGGACCUAAAGCAAGGCGGUAUCGCUGGUUGGCGCCGGAGGCCGGACCCCCUUCACAUAUCAUACACAUGUUCAAGCCUCCAGGAUUUCCAAGAUACCUCGACUGUUCAGAAGGCGUUGUAAAGCACUACACUAGAUCGAGAAAGCGUCCAGGGGCUCAGCGUCCCCGGGACGGAAUCCACGUCAUGCACGGGAAGGCCUCACUUGGGACUCCUGACAUCUUGAGUGAUAAUGGACCUCGGGACUUUCUCUCAGAAUACCCAACGUGUGAGAAGUCGAAGGUGCAACAUGUUCGCUUAUAUUCAACUUGGUAUGCCGAGAACUCUAAAAGCCAAGCCAAGCCAAGCCACACCAAACCAAGGAAAGCCAAGCUAAGCCAAACCAAGGAAAGCCAAGCCAAGACAAGACAUGCAAAACGAAGGAAAGCCAAGCCAAUCCAUGCCAAACCAAAGAAAGCCAAGCCAAGGAAAGCCAAGUCAAGUCAACGAAAGCUAAGCCAGCCAAACGAGGAAAAGCCAAGCCAACCUAAGCCAAACCAAGGAAAGCCAAACGAAGGAAAGCCAAACCAAGGAAAGCCAAGCCAAGCUAAGUCAAGGAAAGCCAAGCCAAGUCAAGCCAAGCCCAGAAAAGCCAAACCAAGCCAAGUCCAGGAAAGCCAAGCAAAGCCAGGCCAGACCAGGCCAAGCCAAGCCAAGCCGAGCCGAGCCGAGCCAACCCAAGCCAAGAAAAGCCAAGCCAAGCCAAGUCAAGCCAAUCCCAGCCAAGUCAAGCCCAGCCAAGCCAAGCCAAUGAAAGCCAAGGAAAGUCAUGCAUGCCAAGAAAUGAUACGCCAAGAACUCUAA